UAAAAACCCUCCCUUUCACCCAGUUGUAGUGUCCACCCUUCUUUCACACUGAAGGUCGCUGAUCUACAGACUCGUGGACAUCAGGAUGGUGCGCUGCUGGAUAUAAGCGACACCAGCCCCCGGGCCUUAUACAGAUAGAAUCCCCAACUGCUCAGCAAACGAUGUCAGCUUGUUGCGGCAUAGCAGACAUACUAGCUAUGUCGAAAUCACGCUCUUCGUCACUCAUUGUAUUGUCCACUGCAUUCGUAUAUCCCAUCUUGCAUCUGAAUCCGACCUGUCAUGCUUUCGCACACUGGUGCUGGUCUUUCCAUGCUCUCGCUCUUAUCGAACUGCCAUCGACAACGGAAAUACACGUGCAGCAUGAACUCUCAACCACUUCUCCACUCCCUCUCGUCUGAACUUCAUACAGUCCCCGUGUACCUACCUCCCGUCUUAUCAUAUCACUCAUUCACCCACCGCUUAGCCCAUCCUCAAUUCCCCUGGUCAUUAUGUUUCAUCACACAAUCAAGUCCGGUGGCCGGGAAAGCCUGUAUAUCAGACUUGAACAUGGGAGGAGGCGCUGGAGAUCAGUCAUCUGAGUGCCUUCAUCCGACGAAUCGACGUAUUGGGCGAUGUUGUGACUUUGUAAGAUCAUUACACAAGUCACCUGAGUCCUAUGAACUCGAUAGAAUUUUAGGCUAUGGGGAAGUUGUUGGAAAUCAUAAAACACUGUUCGAUCAUGCAGAUAAGCUUUUCGAUCUGUCCUUCCCAUCCGUUUGUGGUGUCCUUCCUUCCUUCCCUUACGCUAAAGCCUCUAUUUUACACGACUGCGAUAACCAGGACGGCACACUGUUGAUCGACAAGGCCAUCUCUCUCUAUACGAAGAAGUGCUGUGCCUCCACCCUGUUGGGCACAAACAUUUUGGCGAUUUAUUGGAAUCCCUUGGGCACACUCUAUUCAUCCGUUUCAACUAAUGCGGCGACAUUGAUGGCAUCGACUGCGCUAUCAACCUCCAGCACGAGGUCCUAACGUUGGAUGAGUAAGCUGCUUGUGUUGGCUGUUCACCCCACGCCGUAUGGCGUGGCUAUAGCAUAUACGGGGCCGUUAUGCGGUGACCGUAGCCGUACCAUCAGUAAUCUAAACUUCAAGUUGA